UAAAAAUCAAGACUAUAAAUUUGACUUUGCCUUGCUUUUAUUUUUUUCGUUGCAAUUAUAAGAUAUUCUGGGUUAGCUGUGUAUAGACGCUACCUACGCAAUUGUUGCUCAAUCUUUACCGAGCAUCCAGCGUUACUCUUUGUGUAAGUCGGCUGAUUCCGCCGAAUCGGAUAGCCCGUCAUCAUGCCAAUACGAGUUUCUCCCCUCGCCGAGGCAGACAUCCCAGGCGCUGUGUCCGCCAUCCAACAAGCCUUUGCCGACGAUCCAUACAACAAUUGGGUCUUUGACAAAUCUACGUUCAACCCGCAACGCAAUGCCGCCUCUCUUAGCAUUCGGUGCCGAUGGGGUAUGCGCAACGGCAUCUUCCACGUCGCGAAGGAAGAGGGCAGCGACGAGGUACUUGGGGUCGCUUGCUGGUUAAGGCCGCAAAGGGCAGGCGAGUCACCGAGCUGGUCCGACUGGAUCGAAGACUGGCGGUUGUGGUUCAGCCAGGUCGGGAUGAACCUCUACUACGGCCGAGGUGGUCUCAAUGUUAAGCGUUAUUACAUAUGGAAAGAGGCUCAAGCUAAAGCCCAGUCCUCCAUCUGGACAGACUCGCGAGGCUACUAUUUCCUCAACAUUAUGGUGGUGCUACCUAAAGCCCAGAACAGAGGGGUAGGCCGACUCAUGAUGAAAGCCAUAACCGACCAGGCCGACGCCGCGGGUAUGAAUUGCUACCUCGAGUCCAGCCGGGACGUUCCCAACAUGCAAAUCUACGGCCGCUUCGGGUUCAAGUUUGCAAAGGAGCUAGAAUGCGACGACGACGGCACAGCUAUCAAACUCUACGCUAUGGUUAGAGAACCCAGUGCCGAGCCGCAGACAAAUUAGCCAUACUAUUUCACGUGUGCUCGGUUUGUAGAAUCCGAGCGCAACUAGACUACAGCGGGCGUAGGUUCCGCACGAGUCCGCAGAGCUGGAAGUUGAUGCCGUUAAUAUCUAUGUGGAGGUUAACUACCUACCUAACCUUAUGUAGGUUAAUCGUCCACAUGAGGUAAGUUAACGCAGUAAAAAUAGAACGAAAAGAACUUCGAAGUUGUCUAUCAUCCUUGGCUUCCCGCGCCAACAUGAACUGCUUAGUUCUCAUUUUACUCAUUGGGGAUCAUACACAAAUGUACUGUGCAUAGCUGAAGUUAGCUGGAGACAGCAAAAUCAAGCAUGUGGUAAAGAAUCUAGGAGGACCUGUUAAGACAAUAGGGUGUUAGGUUAGGUAGUUUUUCGAGUAUAGCUAUUAGAAGAAUGUAUAGCCGAUUGAACUCAUAGGCGGAUCUGACUUCGAUACGCUAUUACCAAUAAAACUCUGAGGUAACGAUCAAGACGAGGAAGCAUAAGCCUAACAGUACACUCACGCCUUACCAUUCAGACAUUACUUAUGCGCCGGAUCACCAAGGAGCAUCAAUAAAUUGCCAUCAAGU